UGUUUCCGAAAAGUGAACGUUUCACGAGUCAACAGCAACGUCUUUCGAGAAGUCUAAGCGCUGUUUGCGACAUUUUUCUUUCUUUUAUCCGUCAUCCAAUGUUUGAUGUGAUGAAAUAGCACGAUAAUUAGCGAGUAUUUUCGAUAUUAGUGUUCAUAGUCGUAAUAAAGUAACCGCUAGAUUACGAUAUAAUCUAAUAUGGGCGACGAAAGCCAUCCGAAAACUCUCUACGUCGGUAAUUUAGACGCGAGUGUGACAGAAGAAUUCCUAUGCGCGUUGUUCGGACAAAUAGGCGAAGUUAAAGGCUGUAAAAUAAUUCGUGAGCCAGGCAACGACCCCUAUGCGUUCCUGGAGUUUACGAAUCACACGGCGGCGGCUACGGCCCUGGCCGCCAUGAACAAGCGAGUGUUCCUCGACAAGGAAAUGAAGGUUAACUGGGCUACGAGUCCUGGCAAUCAGCCGAAGACGGAUACGAGUAAUCACCAUCACAUAUUUGUCGGUGACCUGUCACCGGAAAUCGAGACUCACAUAUUGCGCGAAGCCUUCGCCCCGUUCGGAGAGAUUUCGAACUGUCGAAUAGUACGUGACCCACAAACGCUCAAAUCUAAAGGAUACGCCUUCGUCUCGUUCGUUAAGAAAGCUGAUGCUGAAGCGGCGAUUCAGGCUAUGAACGGUCAGUGGCUGGGUUCUCGUUCCAUACGUACUAACUGGUCUACACGUAAGCCACCCACUAAAGGGCCCAAUGAGGGCGCGCCGAGCAGCAAGCGAGUCAAACAGCCGACGUUCGACGAGGUGUACAACCAGAGCUCGCCGACUAACACAACUGUCUACUGCGGCGGUUUCACUAGCAAUAUAAUUACUGAAGAGUUAAUGCAAAGCACAUUUUCACAAUUUGGUCAGAUACAGGAUGUAAGAGUAUUCAGGGACAAGGGAUAUGCUUUUAUUAGGUUCACAACGAAAGAGGCGGCUGCCCAUGCUAUAGAGGCGACACAUAAUACAGAAAUAAGUGGACACACAGUGAAAUGUUUCUGGGGGAAAGAGAAUGGGGGCACCGAAAGCCAGAGUACGAAUAAUCCACCUGCAGCCCCAACAUCAAUGGGUGGAGCACAAACACAGUACCCUAACUACGGGUACCAACAAGGAAUGGGCUAUUGGUAUGCACAGCAAGGCUACCCCGCGCUGCAAGGUUACAUGGCGCCGGGCUACUACCAGCAGUACGCCGCGGCCUACAGCACGCCGCAAGCUGCAGCAGCUGCGGGCUACCGCAUGAGCAUGCCGGGCGGCGGCGGCGCGGCGGGCGGCUCGUGGGGCGGCGGCCCGCAACCGCUCAUGUACGCGUCCGUGCCCUCCGCGCAGUACCCCUCCCAGUAGCGCGCGAGCCGACCGACCAACGCGACCACACACCACAACACACUACACCACUCUACCACACAAUAGUCCAACAACAGCUCCGCGCAAUACCAGCCACACUCUGACGCUGUCUCGACCGACAUUUACGGCUAACCUCUCCGUCACACGCAUGUUUGUGUGACGCCUUCAGCACAAUUAACGCCUUUAUUAGGGCGGUUUAUUAUCAUUAACAUCUGAUAAUAACCUGUAAAAAGUAAACCUAACAGUUUAAAUCUCAUUUUCUUGCGGUAUGUGAAGGAUCUGGGAAUCCAACACAAUAUCCCAAAGAAACAUUAUGUAGUUAAUGGAAAAGGCGGUCCUCACGCGCAGAUCUAUGGCGUAAAGACCUUAUUGCGUGCGAAUGUGUCGAUGUGCUAAGCGCAUGAGUGUGCUUGUUUAUCGUGCGUUGUAUGGACCUAUUGUUACCGAGUAUUUUGUGACUGUAGGCUUAGCACAUUGUGCACAUCUUAACGACGUUGAUAGAAUACGACUAUCGAAACAUUAUAACGUCAAGUAAAAUGGACCUAAACUGCCUUGUUCUAAGGUUUCAGUUCAUCCACAGCCUGCACAUCUACAGCCUGCUCCCGCUGCGGAAACUUAAAAGUAGUACUGAAACACUACCUUAAAACUUUUAUAUUGACAUUACAGUCUUUCGAUAUUCGAAAUCUAUAAAAGUUGUCGAAAUGUGCUAACUUGUGCUAAGGGUACUGGACCGUAGGACCGCAAACACAAACUGCGAAAUUGUCGUCCGGAGUAUCAAAAUGAAACGUUCCAUAUAUUAAAACUGCGCGAGGCACUUCCAAUAUUUUUCAUAUGGAAAAUGUAGAUAUGUAUCGCGUAAUUUUAUUUUUAAACAGCUCUAUUCUAUACAUAAUUUCGUUAUAGGGGUCUAAAUGCUAAUGAAAGCUGAUGUGAUUUUUCAGAAACCUGCAACACUAUGAAAAUGUCACUUAUUGUUUUUAUAACCUCACCUAGAUUUCAUACUAGUUUAUUUAAUAAUAAGGAUAUUUUAUACUCAGUAAGUUCUGCAGGAUUUAUAUUUAUUAGACCGGGUCUAUCAAUAUUAUAGUUUAAAAUGUGAAAUCUAAAAUAGAAAUUGCGUGGCAUCAAUAAAAUCUUUGUUUAUUCUGAAACCAUAAUUUUAUAAAAACUAUGUUAUCACUUGCGUAGUCCCGUUUAAAAUCUUUAGUUGGCGUCGACGUCACUGGCAGGCGUCAAAUGUUCCUACAUUUGACGCUAGGUAGCCUAUGAAUCGUCUAUUUUACUUUGGUUUCACGUCACGCAUAGCCUAAUAUUUGACAUAUCGUCGAUUGAGGAUCAAAUCAAGGGUUCCCUCAGUCAAUUACAAUCAAAAUGUUAAAAAAAUGCAUCAAAUACUUUUAUUCUUAGUUAUACACAUUGAUACACAACCUAAGUUUUUUAAAGCCACCAUUUCUCACUAUCAGCUUUCACUAGAUAGACUAUAUCUUUGGUUAUACGAUACUAUCUGUAUAUAUGAAAAGAGAAACUGACUGACUGACAUAUCAAUGUACAGCUCAUACAGCUGGGCUUAGAAACUCAAGAUUUUGCAUGGAGGUUUUUCUAUACUUACACCAGCACUAAGGAAGGAUUUUGAGGAACGGGAUCUUUAAGUAAAACCUAUAAUUUACCCAUAAAUGAAGUUAUGGGGAAAUGCUAGUCUCUACUAAGACAAGGCAAAUGAAAUAAUAUAUGUAAUAUUUUAAUGUUGAAUGUGAAAACUGUAUUGAAAUAUUAUGGAUUUAAAACAUUUGUGCAUGAGAAUCGUAUUUCAUGGUGCUGAGCUAUUGACACUUUUAGUAAUAAAAAUUAUACUACAUACGCAUCACAUUAUACUAAGAUACGUUUAACUUUUUGAAACAACUGCAUAAUAUUUCUUCUAGUAUAGAUCUUUGUGACACAAUAUACAAUAUACAUAUACUCUAAAAUCGUAUAUUGUAUGCCAGAAAUAUUUCAAUACAGUAUAUUAUUAUUUUUUCCUCAAUUUAAAUAUUUUUGUCAAUAUAAUUUAUUUAUUUUAUUCCACCUGACAUAGAUUUCGAUGUAACAAAAUGCUGUUUGUCUGUGAAGCACAAUGGUGUACUGUAGCGACGACUAGACGCAUCGUUGUGUAAACCAGCCUUAUAAGAACUGCCUUUAAACAAUUAUGGUACAAGAUCUUGACUUAUACAGCGAAUAAUAUGUUUGUUUAUAAACUGAAAUGUUAAGUGAAUGUUAGAGAUAAGAAGUACGCAAUAGAAUACGUCCAGUACAGUAGCCGUGGCUAGCGCAGAGCGUCGGGGAACCGACGGACAUAUCCCGUACGAUUGACUCGGCAGAGUGGCCAAAAACUUCAUACGAUAACGUGCAGUUGGUUUAUAUGGACUCAUGCUACGGCGAACGGUGACCAGUCAGUGAAAACUUUGUUAAGUGACUCGGGUUUUGGUAAAAACGAUGCACCGAACAAGGUUCGCAGUUCGCUCGGUCGCGCCCUAACGGUGACUCGCGCCGAUAGUCUACAAUCUACAUAGAUAGGACAUAACGAAAUAAAUUAUAAAUUUUUAAAAAAAGUUAUAACGAUAUAGAAGGAGUAGUGUCGCGAAUGGCCUCGUGUACAUACGUGUAUUUAUUGGCGGCCCGCGCUGCAGACUGAGCUGUCCCGACCACUGCUCGGACGCGCCAGCCGUCUGACGUAUAUUUAUAAUUAUUAAGUUCGGCACAUGUUGUUUUGUUGACAUUGAAUUGUUAUGAUUUAUUGUAUGGAAAGCUGGUAAGUCAAUAAAGUGGAAAAUGGGACACCGGGUGUUUGAUUUGCCGUCGAUUUGUAGAAUUAUAACAUAUUAUAAUACUUUAUCGUGUUUAUUUCUGGGUCCAAACUGGAGGGCGGCAGUUCUACUGUGAUUGAACACUACGUGCAAACAGCUCGGUCAUUGAGAAAAUAUUAUUGUAAAAAUUCUAAACGUCAUUUUGUAAAAGGAAAGAAUAAAUAGUUUAAGUUUAUUAAUA